GGACUUCUCCAUUCUGUCUAGAAACGUCUCUGCUGGAUUUAAUCUAAACCUCCACCUGCUGAAUUCCAUCGAGUUUUUGUAGUGCAACCUUCUUUGAACGAACUGCGGCUGCUAUCACUCCUGUCUCCCCUGUGUCUGUCUCUUCUGAUGUGCGACGGGCAGCCGGAGAGAGUGGAUCUGGGGACAGACAGCCCACUCCUGCGCCGCUUCUAGCAAGGGAAGCCCCCCACGCUUUGCGCGCCAGGAUCGCCCGUAAAAAUUCGCGUCGCGGAGUGCGUGUGGAUGUGCGCGUGUGUUUGUGCACGUCAAAGCCCCGCGCUCAGUCCUCAACAGUUGCUACCGGAGCAGAGGAGAGCGAGAGAGAUAGCAGACUGAGGACGGACGGACGCGGAGCCCCACGCCGCUCUGCCCGGCUCUGCUCCUGACAUGCAGUCGCUCAUCUCUCCGGUGACCAAGGCCAUCCUAGUAGCGCUCUUCAUCUUCGCCAUACUCCUCAUCCUCUAUGUGAUCCUUUGGUACAUUUGCAGAGACGUGGACUGCGACCACGGCAUUUGAGGAUUCCGGUAAAACGGGAAUAACGGGGAAUUCACAAUGGGGCGCACAGAGGAGCCCGCAGAGCCCAGGGUCAUCCCAGAAAAGGAGAGAGUCUGGUGGGAUGGCAGAUGCCCUCUUUGACCGGACUACAAAAUUAUUCCUGUCAGCCAUGAGUAGAUAUGCAACCAGCCUGUGUCACCCCUCAACACACACAUGGACUAUAAAUGAUGGUUCCGACUCUAUCAGACCCACUAAUAUAAAGAGAGCGAGAGAGAGCGAAAAGUGAUGCCCAGACAAGAUGGCAAGGUUGCCAUAGUGACAGGAGGAGUCAGGGGAAUCGGCUAUGAGGUAGUCCGCCACAUGGCCAGACUGGGGACACAUGUUAUCAUAGGUGGGAGGGAUGAGCAGGAGGGUCUUGCAUCUGUCAGAAGGAUCUGUGAAGAGUACAAAGAGGCCAAAGUGGAGUUCACGAGACUGGACCUAGCCUCUUUGCAGUCUGUCCGUCAAUUUGUCCAGAGCUUCAAGGAGCGGGACCUGCCACUAAACAUUCUGGUCAAUAAUGCGGGUGUCAUGCUGGUUCCUGAGGGCCGUACUGAGGAUGGAUUUGAGCAGCACUUUGGCGUGAACUACCUAGGCCACUUCCUGUUGACCUGGCUGCUCCUGGACAUACUGAAGGAUUCUGGGAAAUGUGGUUACUUCUCCCGUCUGGUCAACGUCUCCUCCUCUGCCCACCGCAUCGGCAAGAUCAGACUAAAUGACCUAAAUAGCUGCCAAUGUUAUUCAGCUCAUGCUGCUUACUGUCACAGUAAGCUAGCCCAGCUGUUAUUUAGUUCCCACCUCCACCAGGAGCUGCAGCAUGGAGGUUUCCCACUGAGUUCAUGUGCUGUGGAUCCUGGCAUGGUGGAUACUGCUCUCUAUCGCCACCUCUGGACACCCCUCUGCCUGGCACAGAGCGCCAUUGCACGCCUGCUUUUCAGGCCCCAACUACCUGCUUCAUGUUGUUCUUUAUAUGGGGAUAUAGCCUCCGCUGAAUUGAGGCCGCUCUUGACAUUAUAUGAAAAAGUCUCCUGGCAGGAGAAAAAGAACACUGGCAGUCUCAGAGACUCCUGCAGAGGGCGCUGCCACUGUGCUGUACGCCGCUCUGUCACCGGACCUGGAGGGGGAGUGUGGAGGCGGCUACUGGGCCAAUGGGCGCAGGGAGAUGACAACACCACCGACCUUUGACCCCCAGCUGCAGCUGAGCCUAUGGGAAACCAGCCUCCUGUUGCUGGGCCAGCAGUAGCAUGGGACUAGGCUAACUGGACUAAACCAGAUAAAUUAGAUAAAGACCCUUAACUCGGGGCAAACCAGCCACCUUUUCCUUCUCCAUUUUUCUCAGUAUUUUCUCUCCGUCCAUACCUCACAUCGAGGCGUUCUUAGCGAUUUGUGUUGACAAUCUCACAAUCCACCGCUGGACUGUGAUUGGUUAUUUGGAGAGUGAAGACCUCCUUUUUGUUCCAGACCCGCCAAAGAAGGGCUACAGGGGAUGGAAAACGUUUUUUUGUUUUUCACUACUAUAAAAUGAAAACAUUCACACACGUACAAACACACUCAAGGGUAAUAUCGAUAUAUGAUUUUGCUGUCAUAGAUACUGGGCAGUAGCUGACAUUGACCUUUAGUUAUAAACAGAUAUCAGUUGUCAUCCAUCUCUGAUAUCAUAAAUUUGAUCGUAGCUAACCUCCGAUGUCUGGCCAGAGAUAUCGUUCCACAGUGUCGUGUUGAAAAACCUGCAAUGACACCUGCCUCACUCUGCCUUAAUGUCAUUAGUCUGGCUGUCAGUGAAGAAGUUCAUUGUCCCUCAAUGAAGUAAAUGGUGUUUCAGAGGCUUUUCCAUCCUAAAAGUAAAAAUCUAGACAAAAAGUAAAAUGCUUUUUGGCCAUAGAAAUACUUCAUUUCAAAAGCUGAAUUUUGGCGUAGUAUACUGGCUUCAAAAUCACAUGUCGGUCAAGCCCUAGCAUACACACACACACACACAUUCAUGCACCAUGACAAUAAUCUGAUUUUUCUAAUCUGAACCCGCCUUGCUGUGGCAGGGGGAAUGUGAUGUCAUCAGUUUGUUUUGACACAUCACAAUGAUUUCUCAGAACGUCUUGCCAUCCCACUUGUUUGACUGGGAGCACCUUGUGCUUUACUACUGAAUCCUCACGUUAACUGCUGGUAGGUGUGUGAUAAGCUGCGUGUUUAAAAAGAAAAGGUGAAUUCUGCUGUUCUCAUGAAGAUGCUGGGAAAACAUUAUCAACUCCUCUUUCCUCUCUCUCUCCACCGCUCAGUGAUCCAACAAAAGACGUUCCUUCAGGCUGAUUGGGGGAUUUGGGAAAACACUGAAAAAAGGAAGAGAUCGCAUGUAAAUGUAGGCCUAAAUUUGGAAUAAUUCCCCCUAUAGCCCAGACAGUGAUUUGGUUUUGAAUUUUCUUGCUGUUGUCAUUUACUAAAGCCAGGAUUUCCAGGCGUUUCUGUUUGCUUUUGUCUGCUCAGAAACAAAAUGGGAAGGAUGGGGAAUCAACCGCCACUUCACUCUGUCCCCAUUUUCCUUUGUGAUCUGUGUUAAUCGGUUUUGCUGUGUCUGUAAUACACGUGUGUAUGUUUUAUGCCCGUGAGUUAAGAAUUAACUCAUGCUAUAGACCCAAUUCAUGUUGAUGGAUAGCACAACAAUGGCCAGUCCUGGAGGAACAGCAACGGGGAGAAGAGAGAGAGGGAAAGUAUUCAAGCUGUGAUUGGUUCCUCAUUGCUGCUGCUGCCGCUUCCUCAUUUGGCGCAGCUCCCAGUGCAUUGUGGGAUUGAGAUUUCCCAGUGGUGAGAAUCAAACUCCAUCUGCUGAGCUGACACACACACUCACUCAGAAACAUUGGAAGCAGUACAUCCAGGCACAGACUUAUCUAAACAAGCACACAGCAAACAAACACGUCUGUGCGGGAAAAUACUCACAUACACACACACAUACACAUACACACACACACACUGCGCCAUAAUGACAUCUCCACUGUGAUAAACCAUUUUAGCUGUGAAGAGGAAAAGUUUUAUCUCAAGGUUUUGGCUAAAAAUCCUUCCCCACAUGCCUCCCAUGGCUGUAUGUGUAUAUGGUUGCUUUGAAUACUGCCACUGAACAUUCAGCAUUUGUUAUUAUCUGCCGUAUGUGAAGCAAUAGUAUCACUGAGGUAGCUAAUUCAGCCAGUAACAGAGCCAGACAUUCAGAAUAAGGAAAGAGCGUGAAAGUGUAUAAAUGAAAAAGAUACCAUAUAUCAGGAAUUUAAAAUUUAUCUGGCUGUAUGUAUAAAAACAAUUAAUGAAGACAUUGUCAAUGUGCAUUGUUUUGAACAGUUAAACUUAAAGUCUCUUUCAGGCAGUUUGAAGAUGUGUCCCAAUUCAGGGGCUGGAUCCUCUGAAGGAUGCAGCCCACAAAAGGCUGAACCUGCUCCUCCCCCCUAAAUGAGAAGACGGUCUAGCCUCACAGAGAUAAAAACCAAUGGUAUGUUCAGGAGCUCCCUUGUCAAAAAGUCGAAAAUGUCCCAAGUUUAUUAUAGGAUGUUGCCAUCAAACAUUCAACAAAGUUUGCAGUAUGAGCUGUGACGCUUAACGUCAAUGCACAAUGAACACCGGGCAUGUAGUGGAUGGUAAAUAUAUUCAUAUUACUUCCAUUUAUUUGUAAUGCCCUGUAAUUAACAUGUCCAUGCUGCAAAUAGUGGAGUUCAUGUGAUGUGAUCCGAUGUGAUUACCAGUGAUAGAUCACCUUAGCAUAAGUACCUGGUAAAUAUGACAUAAUCACAUGAAUUUAUGAGAUGACAAAGAUUGCCUGAAUGCUCCAUCGAACAGUCGAUCAGCACAUAAUGGAUUGUUGAAACUUGAUUAUUGAAACCUUGCAGGCAGCAUUUCUUGGCCUUUUGUGGAGGAGCCUUUGAAAUGCGAUGGGCCUUGUUGGCUUACUGUGAUGAAAUGCAGACUGUGGAGAGUCCAUCUUCAGACAAAUGCUGCUUUCAUGUCAUGCGGGAUGGAUGGUAGAGAGGGAGAAGAUUCCCAUGUGUACGACUUGUGAGAGUUCGCAUUAUCUGACAACUCAAGACGGUUGGUCUUAUGAGUGUAAAAAAUACUGUUAAAUGACAAUAUAACACUAUAUCCAUUACAUUUGGGUUUAAUUCACCUUUAAUGACAGACUACGGCUGACAUGAGGCAUCCAUGUUUGUUUGAUUUUCAAGCACUCUAACAUAUCGAAAGCGUAGAAAAAAAUCUGAGUUUCCGAGUCAUAAUUUAUGGAUUACUUGGAUGUUGAUGUGAAUAGCUUUUACACGUUGGAAUCUGAUAAUUACGAUAACUCAAACAUGACAUGAAUGCGGAAUAACACAUCACAGCUUAACCAGUAAAAGGCCAGUUUUCAGUAAUUGAACUGGGAAGCCUCCACCAGCAAGUUUACCUCAUUUGAAUGAGAGUAGCUGAUUCCAGUGAGCUAUUCAGGGUUCAGUGUGUUGAGGAUGUUUGAUUCAAUUAAACAAAUUCAAUUCAGCUUUAACUUAACGUUAUUUUAAAUAUCACAAUCCAGAGCAUCUCUUAAGUUUGAUGUUUUUUCAGGUGGAGCGGUUGUGUGGGAGUUGACUCUAAAUGCCAGCAAUAUUCCUCAGCUUUUGAGUAUCUUCUACUCAGUGUUGUCAAACUGCGUGGAAACAAACUGUUUAUCGCCUCAGUGCUUCCUUGUUUGACUGUGUGGUUCCCCGAGGCUACUGUAAGGUACUGACUAAAUAACAGAAUAACAAACAACCAAACCUAGUCCCGUUUGAACAAAUGCGCGCGCUUCUCCACACAAAUGAAAACACCAGCUUACUACUCAGCAGCGCUCAUUUAAAAAGUACAAGGCUACAGUGUCGGCUAUAUCCUGUCAAAGAGCUAGCGUGUUCUUCACAUUCCAGCUGCUACAGUAGAUGUAUUAAAACCUGAGAGGGAGAGUGUCACUGACUGUCUGACCUAUCUGAGCACAAGGUUUUUCAAAGACGAGACGAGGCGAGGAGGAGAGUGAGGGUCUGUCUUGGUGUUCUUGUUGUGUCAGUGUGCAGAAGAGGGCUGCUAAAUUAUCAAUGAUUACCUUGUUAUAUAUUUAGCAUACUCCUGAAACGUUCUUCACAGACAGGACAACACAUUGAACUUUCUGAACGAAUUGCAAAUAUAGAAAAAGAGCAAAAAAAACAGCUCAAGUAACUGUCUGUGAUAUUGUCUGUGUGUGAUUUACUCGUAUACGAUCAUUUCAAAGUGUUAUCACCACUGGACGUUGAACCAGUGGAACUGUAUGUAGACUGUAAAAGUUCUAAUAGCCAUUCUUCUGUCUGACCUGGGAUUACAUUUAUAUUAAAUGUUUCAGUCCCAAGUUCUGUAAAUCCUAAAUGUGUAUAUGUAUAGGAAGAGAGAUGAUAUAAAGAUGUAUACAGGGGGGUAACCAGAUGAACUGAGUCCUUACUCUGGUACUAGUCCUGUUAAGAGAAAACACUUGCAGACAUUUACCCGUCCAUCUCCCUAUACCAUUUCCUCCUUUGGUGUGAGUGUGACCUUUCACUCGAGUCCCCGGUGGUGCAAAUAGAGGGUGUUCCCACCUCAAAUCCAGUGUAAACAUUCAGUCCAUCUGGGCCCCUGAGGAUUUAUGACAUGUGCAAAUGUUUUAUUUUGAUCAUUAUUUUUGUUGUUGUUGAGAUACACAUCUUAUUGCUUUUGCCGUGCCUAAGAAGAAAAUCUCCCUCAUAUAUGUGUAACUGAAUUUUUCAUGUAGAAAUUAGCUUGUAGAAACUGUGAUUAGCGUCUUUGUCCUGUGCAUUGCCGUAAGUUUUUUUAUCUCGAUGGGAGCAGAGGUGAGGAGUGUGUGUGUGUGUGUGUGUGUGUGUGUGUGUGUGUGUGUGUGUGUGUGUCUAGCUAAGGGAGUUUAUGUCCCAUGUUUUUUGUCAGUGGUUGUGACAUUCCAGCAGCAGCCACCACCUUUUCUAUUAUCCAAAGCCUCUCAAUAAACAUAUCAUUGUGCCA